AUAUUCGAAACGUAUCUUCAUUAUAUAAAAGCAUUUGUAAUUCUUAAUCAAUACAACGUUCGAAUGAAUUAAUUUUUUUAAAUUUUUGUAUUGUAAGGCAAUAUCUAUUACGGAUUAAAUUAAUAACAGCUACAGCGGAGGAUUGAAUAAGAAGUUUAUCGCCUUUAUAAGCAAAAGUCAUAAUCUAACACUAAUAUUGGUAUAGUAAUAAUUUUUUAAUAAAUGUCUAAAUAGCGCGACAUACACAAGAAGUAUUAAAUUUUCUUUGAAACGUAUAUACGAUAUGCAUACAUUGCACAUCUAUUAAAUGUUAUCAAUACUUAGUAAAAACUUUAAAUGGAAUCGAGGUAAUAAAUCAAGAAUUAUAAAUUCUUCCUUUCCCUCCUCUCCCUCGCGAUUCUUCAUAAUAGGGGUAUCGGGCCAAUAGAUUUCAUUUCAUGUUUACGUCUAGAUUCUUCAGGAUAGAUUAUUAUUUCGUCAAUCAUUAACAUUCACUACACUCCGCAUAUGUCACGAAGUAAAUAUAUAAGAUAUUGAAAAUACGAAACAUGUAAUAAUUAAAUGUAAUUGUGUAUCUCGUUAAAUUGUGUAACUGACAUUUGCCCCAAUAUCAUUAGAGAUGUGCCACUUAAUCUUCGCUACAAGAUGUAUGAUUGUAGCUCUCUGUUGCGUAAGCAAUGACGGUUUCAGUAUUAUAAAUGAGAAAGAUCGAGCUAAACGGUUACAGUCCGCCGUGGAAGUGUGAACGACGCGCACGUACUCAGACAUCCCACUUGAUUCUUUCCUCGCAAUUAAUCAACACGUGAAACGACAACACUUAAUUAUGUAAAUUCGCCGCUAAUACACCGGAGAGAUUCUAAUAUCGUUCGAACUAACAGAUUUAGGCGCGAGUAUAUUCCAAUUGCAUAGUGCGGCAUACUAAUUGCAUAGUGCGGCAUACCAAUUAGAAAUCAGUUUAGUGAAAAAAUCUUAUCGAUAUGGUGUAUGUGAUUAUUUUGUCGGUAAUAGCCGGCGUGGUGGGGCUCUAUUAUUUUCUUUUCAAGGACGUAGAUCGAUUCAAGAAAUAUGACAUACCACAUCGAAAGCCACUGCCGUUGAUUGGCAACAUGGCACCGGCCCUCUUCCGUAUAAUACCCACGGCUAACUUACUGAAGCAGAUUUAUGAUAUACAUCCCGAGGCUAAGUACGCUGGUCUAUAUGAUUUUCGAACGCCGCUGAUAAUGCUGCGUGAUACCGAGCUUAUCAAGUCCGUCGCACUCAAGCACUUCGAUAUGUUCAUGAACCAUCGAAACUUUAUCACGCAGGAACAAGAGCCGUUAUUUGUCAAGAACCUCUUCUCCCUUUGCGGCGACAGAUGGCGGGAGGUGCGAACUAUGCUGAGUCCGGCCUUCACGUCCAGUAAAAUGAAGAGCAUGUUCAAGUUAAUGUCGGAUUAUGCCGCCAAUUUCAGUAAUUUUGUGGCGCAAUUGCCGCCGGAGAAGAGAGUAAUAGAAACGAAGGACAUCUUCACACGGUACACCAAUGACGUAAUCGGCACUUGCGCCUUCGGCGUCACCGUCGACUCGAUGCGAGACCCGAAGAAUCUCUUCUACGUAUACGGCAGAAAGGCGACUACUUUCAACAGUUUCUCCUUCUUAAAAAUAUGCUUAAUUAGGGGCUUGCCGUGGUUGGCACGUAUAUUCAAUGUCAAGAUCAUUCAUGAGAAGAUCGUGAACUUUUUUCAAGACCUUGUGGAGUCCACUAUCAAGACCAGGGACGAGAAGGGCAUUGUUCGGCCGGACAUGUUACAGCUGAUGAUGGAAGGUAGAAAAAAAGAUGGUAGAGAGGUAAUGACGAUCGAGGACAUGACCUGCCAAGCUUUCAUUUUCUUUUUCGGCGGCUUCGACACCACCUCGACGUUGAUGUGCUUUGCCGCGCACGAGAUCGCGGUGAAUGAGGAUGUUCGAAAGAGACUGCAAAACGAGAUCGAUCAAGUUCUGGAAGACACAAAGGGACAAGCGCCGUAUGAGGCGAUCAAUAGCAUGGAAUACUUGGACGCAGUAUUGAAUGAGGCUCUUAGAAUGUAUCCCGUGAUUAUGCUACUGGACAGAGCAUGCACAGAGGAUUUCGAGUUGCCGCCGACGUUACCGGGCGCGAAGCCCUAUACUGUGAAGAAAGGCGAUAUCGUGUGGAUACCGAUUCACGCACUCCAGCAUGAUCCAAAAUACUUCGAGAACCCGGAGAAGUUCUAUCCCGAACGAUUUCUCGGCGAGCAAAAGAAACAUAUCCUCAACACGGGAGCCUAUUUGCCGUUCGGCUUGGGUCCCAGAAUGUGCAUAGGUAACCGAUUCGCUUUAUUAGAAACGAAGGUGUUACUUUUCCACCUGCUGGCACGUUGCGACCUGCUACCUUGCGAGAAGACACCAAUACCGUUGAAAUUAAACAAAGAUAUGUUUAAUAUGAAACCCGAAGGCGGCUUCUGGCUAAAAGCGAUACCGAGGAAGAAUCCGCACCGCACCGUUGCUACUAACAACGCAAACGACAUACAGGAUCCAUAGAAGUACUUUUUUGAAAUAUCAAAUAAGUCGUGAAAGCAAUGUUAAGAAGAUGAUAAAACUUAUCUAUCGACUAUUCAAGGCUGAAGAAAAAUAUAUUAAGAAAAAUAUAUUAUAAUUUGGUAGUGUUUAUAAUUUGGUAUUUAUAAUUUGGUUUGGAAUAAUAUAUAAAAUAGCAAUAAGCGAUUAUUUACGAUAUAUUUACGAUUAUUUACGUAUAAUUAUACUUCUUGGUUAUUAUAUUUCUUCUUGGUUAUUAUAUAUUCUUUAUUCUUGAUUAUAUUUAUUCUUGGAUAUUAUUUAUUCUUGGUUAUAUUUUGGUAAUUGCAUAUAUACAGUCAGUGUCAUGUAUGCCUUACCAUUUCCUAGACUAAAAAUUAUAGAAUAUAUAGUCCAACAUACAACGCAUAAAGGUAAAAAUCUCAUAUAAAAGUAACUAAUGUUAUAACGGUAGGACUACAAUGAUUUUAGAUACAGCUGUUGCGAAUAUGUGUAAGUUUGAAGAUCGUGUAUUUCUUGAUCUAGAUAAUAUUAGUGCUUAUAUGAUAUUGUGUUUGUAUUAAAAGGAUGCCAAAACACUUACUUUUUUGCAAAGUUUACUGAAUGUAAAAAAUUAAAAAUACUUUUAUACUUUAAAAAUACAUAUUAAAAUAUAUUCUUGAAGUAUUGAUAAAUAUUUGAGGAAAAUAAUGAAACAUUUAUAAAUUGACAUCACGAGCUGUUAAUUGCCAUAAAUAUUUGCUCGAUACAAAAUUUAUAAUUUGUAUAUAUUCAAUGCAAGUUUGCAUCGUUUAGAAAAAUUUAAAAAUACAUUGCUAUAUCUUUAUAUCUGAAUUUAGAAGUUUCAUAAAAUCGGAAAAAUUUGCAGAAAGAUUUCUAAUAUGUGUAUAUGUGUAUAUGUAUGUUCGUGCAAUUAGGUUUCCUGGUUAAAAUAUGAUGAAACAAAGUAUAUAUACACAUCUAUCUACAUGUACAAGAAAUACAAAAAGGAAGUGAAAUACGAAAAGUUAGAUCGUUUUAGUGACGAUCGCCUUUACGUUAUCGAUAUUUUUCGAGUUCAUCAUCCACUUCAGUAUACCUUGAGCGGAUAUUGGAAUCGAUGACGAACUCUAAUAAAGAGAAGCGACAUGCGAAGAAACUAAAUGAAAAUUGAGUUCUAUUCUUGUUCGAAAACACUGCGAGUGUUCGAUGAAUGAGUUUUCGAAUGUGUCCUUGUUAUCAACGAUUUAUCUGGACGUGUUAUAACUAAUGAGGGAAAUCUCUAUAUAUAUACAAGUAAGUUGCUAAAUUUUAGUAUGAAAAUAAAAAUUCUUUUCUCAGCUCUUUUUAAGAUAUAUCACAUUUAAAUUUCGACAAUUCAUUCACGCCAGGUUUCUUAUCAAAAUUAAAUAAAAUAUCUUUUAUUUUAACAAAUUAAUUUUAUCAGCCAUUUUAAGAUUGUACUAUUUUAUACAAAGUUUAGGUAAAAUUUCAAUAAGAUUUUCUUACGAAAAAAAUGAGAACCAUAA